AUGAAUCAAAAGCCACUGAAGAGUAUUCAUUUUCGAGUGGAGACGCAUAUCGACUUGUCGUCCAAAGACAAGAUAUCUUCUGUUGAGAGUAAUUCUAAGCGUUACGGUUCUCCUGACAACUUGCCUUCUCUUCAAAACAUCUGCAGAACCAUUCAAGGGGAGGAUGGAACGGUAAUGAAUGAGAAUGAGGAGAUCAUAGGUCUUUGCCAUGAGAUCCCUUAUGAGUAGGGCCAACAAUGUGAGUAGCAACCGAACCACAAGAACUAAGUGGGCACUUGAAUUAAACGAACGCAAGGAUCUUAAACAAUUAGAACAAUGGACAGAUGUAUAUUAACUUUAGUAUUUAGUUAAUGGUUUAAUAAUUAUAAUAACAAUAGUAUAGCAACAUUCGAGAUUUCUAUGAAAAAAUGGAGUUGGUCUACACUGGUUCCAUAACUUAGUUAGGUUAGUAGCUGGCUGUUAAAUGCAUUGAUUAUUAGAAUAUGUUGAACAAGAUAUGGUCAUCCUACACUCAUGCAGUGAAAGAGAUAAUCGAAAGACAAUCAGAAACCAAUAGAAAAUUGGAGAAGGAUUGUCUAUCAGAAACAGUCAAGUUGCAUCAAAUGUACUAAAAAACACUGAAUGACAAGGGCACUAAAUUGCAAGAGGCUGAAAGAUAUUUGAAAUAGAAUUCUGAUUAAAAUGAUAAAAUGAUUAAAGAAGGUAGAUAUUUGAGAAAGAAAUGUUAAAAAUUAGAGUAAGAACUCAUGAACUUAAGAAGAGAAUCCGACUUUCUUAAAUUGCAGAAUACUGAUCUAACCAGAGAAAUAGAUGCAAUGAAAGUUUUCAUUAAUCAUCAAGUUGAUCCUUCCAUCUACAUUCAUCAGAAUCUCGUCAAUGCUUAAUAGAUCGAAGAGAAGUUUGCAGAUGAAUUGUAACAUGCUAAAAAGGAAAUGUUUGAUGAUUUUAAACAUCAGUUUGAACAAAGAACCAUGAUAUAUGAAGAAAUGUAUUAAAAAAAAUUAGAUGAGUUAGAAAGGAGAGAGAUAUAGAAUCAAAAUUAGGAGGAUGAAUAAAUACUUUAGGAUUAUUAAUAGACUAUAUUUAAAGAUGAGUGUGUUGGCAGCUCAAUCACUUAUAAGACUUAAGAAACAGACACUCUUGAUUUACUUCAAUUUUAAGAUGCAACAGUCCAAACCAUCUAAUUCAAAAAAAAAGUAUUUGAUUGGAGUACUCAAACACCUACUGUUGUUACAUUUAAUCAAUCCGUUGAAGCCAACUUCUCUAUGAUAAAAAGAGAAUGCAUUCCGAGAAACAAAGAGGAACAAACCUAUUUGGAAAUGUCCAAAUAUCCCAUUCAAGUUUUCAUUGAUGACUAUCAUGAAAUCAAUAUCACCUAUAAUAAAAGUACUUUUAAUUAGGACUUAAACAAUUUGGUUGAGUAACUUGGUCAGAGAGCGACAUAGUUGUUUAACAUAUUAACAAUGAAGGAAGAGUUCCAUUUGGAUGAUUUCUAAUGCGUGAGUUAGUAUGUGAUAAAUAGUUAUAAUGUAUUCAUAAAGCUAAUUCGUAAUUUGGAAUAUCUGAUAGUAGAAAGCAAAUCGAAUUUAGUGGAGAACAAGAUUUGUCUAUAUGAAACAUAGAUAGAUUCGAAGCAAUCAUAUCGAAAACAGAUCCAUGCUGAGAAGAAGUUGGAUCUCUUGAUAGCCAAACACUAGUUAACAUUGAAAUAAGUGUCAUUCCUGCAAAAACAAAUCAUUCGAGUUCACAAAUAUCUACCGCACUUCCAAAUUGAAACUAUCAAAAGAUAAGCCAUUAAAAGGAAGAUAUUCUUGGAAUUCCCUAAAAUCCAAUCGCCUGGUCCCAAUCUUCUACUACCUCCUGAAAAAUCAAAUACAAUCUUCUUUUCUUCUUAACCUUAGUUGUUGAUACCUCCACAAAUCAAUCAAUCUACGAGUUCAUAGGUUCAGAGAUCUGCUUUGGAUAUAGCCUAGAGUGAAUCUACAGAGCCUCAGUAACUGAGAAGAGAUUAGUCGGUCGACCUAUAUCGAGAGCCCAGAGAAACACCUCCAAUUAGUCCAGCCAAAAAGCAUCAUCAAAUAUAAAUAUGUAAUAAGAAUGCAUUACAUUUACUUAGUUUUCUAAGAUGCAUUAGUACCACCUGAUGACUCUUCAUCGGAAAGUGAUUAGGAUGUGGACAUAGAGGCGUAAUUGUCUCCCAUAAAAAACUUGUUAUCAAUUGAAAAGAAGCUGUUUGUGAGCAAAUGUCCCUCCAAAAAUACACAAACAGCCACUCAAUUGUUAUUGCAAGAGAUUCAAUAGUUUCGAAGAGAUCGGAUAGAUAAUAUAGUCACUCGCUAAACUCUACAACGAUAUUUGUCUAGUUUUGUGUGUUGGUGUGUGAAAUAUGGAAAGUACAAUUAUCCUCUGCACAUACAACUCUAUGAAUUCUAUCAAAUCGAGAAUUUCCAAUAGCCUCCUCAGGUCUGGUUGUAGAAGUAUCAACGAAUAAUUAAGAGCAUCAUCUACUAUAAGAAGAAGACGACUUAUGCUAAGUUGUUCCAUUAGAUGUUGAUCGGAGAUUAGAGUUUUAACAUUUAUUUGAGUGUUUUGAAUGGCAUUCAAAAUAAGGAGUUUACAGAGAAUGGAAUUAUUGUCCAAUAAUUAUAACUUUCUGAUGCUAUCGGACAAUAUGUGAAGAAUACUAUUCCAAAGUACGUUCAGCUGGUGGAUUACGAUCAGGAGAUAAUGCCAUACAUGCAAGGGAUGUUGGAUUUCAAAACAAAGGAGAUCACUCAAAAAUAUUAGUUAAUUUUGACUUUGUUUGAUUAGGAUCGAUUCACGGCUCUAUAAUUUAGAUUGCUGCUAUUGGAAUUGGAUGCUUAGAGAACUGAACAGUAGAUAAUCAAUCUGUUCAUUAGUGAAUGUGAUUUAGAAUAGAACAGUAUUUAAUAUAUGUCACAUAAGAGAUUCUCAUAAAUGUGUGAAGAACACAAUUUGUUAGUUAAUCUGAGUGAGUAUUUGAUGAGGAAUAAUGCUCAAUAUUUUAAUGAUUUGUAGUUAUGGAAGAUGAGAGAGAUUGAAUUGAAAUUGAUGUUGAUCAGAUCAUAGAAGUACGACACCACUGAGAGGGAAGUGUUUUAUCGGAUGAAUCAAUUGAAUUCAAAUGAGUAGAGAAUAUUGUUGGGGAGGUACUUGGAGAGAAGAGCCAAAGAACUGUUGUUGGAGUAAUAUGCCUAUGAAUGUCUACCCUAAUUCAUGCAGAUCAUACUAAAUUCUUAAUGA